CCCACGACUGCGAAAUAUAUUGCAACCGCAAUCAACUUUCAUCCUGACAUCCCAUUUAUUUCUGUAUCGAAACACAAGUAAACGAACGAGAACGCACAUAAAACACAAACAAACGCACAUCACGAUGUCGUUCAGCAUCGCCCUCCGCCAUGGGCCUGCGCGCCUGGCGCAGCGUCUCCCGCAACUCUCCCAACCCUCGGCCUCGGCCGUCUUCCGCACGACGGCCACCCGGGCCUUCCACCAGGCCUCUCCCAAGACUACCAGAUCUUCCGCCGCCGGCCUCACAUCGACCUCGUUCGCCGCCGCUACCCGCAACGCCUUCCGCGGCUCCUCGAGGACCUACAUGCAACAGGCCGCGCCCGGCGCCUACGGCAACCAGUCGAGCCCCAUGCGCAAGCUGUUGGUUACGGGCGCCAUCUUCGGCGGCUCCCUCGUGGCCAUCAACCUCGUCUUCAACCGUGAGACCCGCGACGACGGUGGCAUGCCCGUCUACGAGCGCGAGUACCUCAACGACACCUUCCUCCACACCGGUCUGGGCGUCGGCAUCAUCGCCAUGAGCGCUCGCCAGAUGAUCAAGUCGGGCUUCGUCUACCGCCUGAUGGUGACUAACCCCUGGGUUGUCGGUCUCGGUGGUCUCGCUCUCAGCUUCGCCACCAUGUACGGCACCCGCGCCAUCUCGCCUGACAACUACAUCCCCAAGUAUGCCAUGUGGGCCGCCUUCAACGCCACCCAGGCCGCCAUGAUCGCUCCGAUGCUCACGAUGGUCCCGGGUGCGCUCCUCGCUCGCGCUGGCCUCUACACCGUUGCCAUGAUGGGCAGCUUGUCCAUCGUCGGCGCCACCGCCAAGCAGGACAAGUACCUUUACAUCGGCGGGCCCCUCCUUGCCGGCCUUGGUGUCGUCCUCGCCUCGAGCAUGGCCCCGAUGCUGCUGCCCAUCACCGCCGUCCGCACCCUCGCGCUGACGGAGAGCAUUUCGCUGUACGGCGGUCUUGCCGUCUUCGGCGGUUUCACCCUCUACGAUGUGCAGAAGAUUCUGCACCACGCCCGCCUCGCCGAGCGCGGUGUCAUCCGCAAGGACGCGGUCAACGAGAGCAUCGCCCUCGAGCUUGACUUCAUCAACAUCUUUGUGCGCAUGGUCCAGAUCCUGACGAUGCAGCAGAACCGCAGGAGGUAAAGGCUAUGCGACAGGCUUGAGCCGGGUCGGGCUUGGAAAGAGUGGCGGUGGAGGAUACGAAUGGAAUAAUCAGAUCUUGCCGAUUGGGGGUGCACAUAGUGCAUACACACACACACACACACGCACACGCACACCCACGGUGGAAGGAACACCUAAGAGGAAAAAGAAACCCCUCUCCAUUACUUCGACGAUGCCCAAGGGCUAGAAGUUUUGUUUUUUUAUGUACAAUACCUGAAUCAAUAAAAAAGUUCAAACUUGGUUAAAAGCCGGUUUCGUGCGCGUGGAUUGUAGGGUCUAGUCAUGUUGCUAAUUGACGCUAUCCAGGCUAUGACGACAAGAUGUCCCUCUCUAGACUCGCCGCGAUGUUACGCAUAUCACUAACCAUUUUUUUGUCACAUUCAGUGUCAUAAGGCUGGUACCAAGUGCUUAAAAAAACAAAACCAAAGCGGUUGAACGCUAUUCAUCGCCUCGGAAGGCAGUCUUCUGUCUACGUCCCGUAUUAAGGGGGGAGGGGAGAAGAAGAACCCAAGCCCCGAAGCAUACCGUGCAUCAUCAUGAUUUCCCAAAGUUGAAAUGAAAACCCAUAUCGUUACAGCCGACUCUUUCCUCGUCCUCGUCCUCCGCCAUUCCGUCCGUCGGUAUCUCCGCGAACGCCGUUGUCGGUAUCGCCGUUGUUGGUAUCGCCGUUGUCGGUAUCGCCGUCGGCAUCGGUUCCAUCACC